UAAUGCGAAAUUAUAGGCUAUAUCAUUGCGAUUGUGUUGAUGUUUCCAUUAACUACAGAUUAGGUGAGUGAUUUCACCGAAAUUUUAGAACAUUCUGGCAAAUGCAUUUCAAUGAAAUCUGAAAUUUCAUGACUUUUUAAUCUGUCAAUCGUAUUCAGUUCCACUGUUCUGAAAAUUCAUAAUCAACUGUUCAUAUUUUUUUCGUGGAAAUCUUAAAUUAUAAAAAUCAAGUUAGUGGAAUUGCAAUCAUUUGCUAGAAAUGAAUUUAAAUCACAGACAUCUUGGUCUCUUUCUGGGUGAACGUCCUCUAUAAGAACGCAGCGGGGUCUGAUGUGCGAACGUUGUAACUACUCAACCCCCAGAGCAUUUUUCUAUGAUUUAUCCCAGCCUUACACUCAAUCUCGUUGAAUUACACUUCCGCAAGGUCUCACCGGCGAAAUUUUUUAUUGAUAUUAUUUCAACAAUCUAAUUUUUCACAGACGAAAAAGGCCAGUCUUAAACAUAUUAUGCUAUCACAAUAAUCAUUAGAAGCCCGUUUUUGUCUUACCAAUUUUCGUGGUGAGAUACUCUUUACCGAAGUAGUGAGACAAAAAUCUCUAUGAAUCUUCAGGGAAUAAAUGCCCUUAACAAUUUAUUAAAACUCCAGAGAAAUUAAACUGUCAGGCUUUUACAAAAAGUGUAUACUGAAUUUCCACGAGAAAUUUACAACGGAAUAUACUUCUCCCCACGAAUCUUAACAGAAAUCACAGCUCCGACAUCUUCAUACAAACGUUCAGUGGUUUUCCGUAUUAACAUAUGCGCUUCAUGAAUAUGCCAGUGAUCCCUCAAAUAAUUGGAGAAUAGAUUAUGACGCAACUUCCUGCCAAAGAUUUCUAAACAUUUUAUCGUCAUGAAUGAAGUCGUUCUCGCCGAGAAUUGUCAUUACCCUUCAUUUCUAUUGCAUAAUUUAUCCUCACCUAGGUGAUAAAGUUAGCAUUUGGCAAUAUGUCACGAAUGAAAUACAUUACAAUGCUCCCAUUCGUAUGUGCGCAUGAAUUUCGCCCCCUUUCUACCCUUCAACCAUCCACCGAGGGCUUGCGGAGAGGGUGGGAGUUGUAUUUGAAGACCUGUGCGCGGGAUUUUCACCUCAAAUAAGAGCUACAGCAACAGCUAGCACAUGUGAGUCCUACACAAGUGGUAAAAGCAAGACAGAUAAGAAAAUUAUAAUUGAAUUACGUCAAUAUUUCGGGUGUCCUCGCGUCUCCAGAAUGAAGUUGGGAUAUUGCGUGAAGUGGGCACUCGCUGGAUUAUUGGUGGUGUCUUUAGCUAGUGCAACUGAGACUGACGAUAAGGAUGAUCAGCAGAUAUUCAAUUCAGCAGUGGAAGAACUGGGUAAAUCGAAACGACCGUUCUGCAACGCGUUCACAGGUUGCGGCAAGAAACGAAACUACUUCGGUAACUCGAUGGAACGACCCGAGGAUUCAGGAAAAAUCACAAUUCCCAUCCACAUUUACAAGGCGCUAGUCCGUGCUGCAUCUCAGGAGCUCCACAACGCAAUAGACCGCGGAGAUUCUCUCGAUGAAUCAUACCAAGAUUACUUGCCAUUGUUAACACCGAAGAGACCAAUUCGCUCGAGAUUCCAGAGUUAAUCCGCAUCAUCUUCAGGAGUGCUCCAUUUCCCAAUGGAUUCUACAUAUAUCCCUUCUGUUAUUGUCCACAAUUCUGUCGAGCAAGAAAUUAAAAAGCUAAAAAAACACAUAAGAGGGAAAUGUGACGAAAUUAAUGGGUGUGCCGAUCACCGAGGGGCCUAUUUCCUCGCUACAUUUCAUUUUUGAUGUAUCAAACUUUAUUUUAGUUCAAUUGAAAUAGGGGAGAGUGGGGCAAAAUGGAGCAGGUGUCGUGUUGCAAACGAAUAGAGCAGUACUAGGGAAGACGGCGCACUUUUCACACUAAUUUUUUUCUAUAAUCCAAAAACACAAAGUUGUCGGAAUUGCACUUUACAUUCUUUUUCUCCUGCCAUUCCACUACAACCCACCUGUCGCCAAUUAUCAUCAAUUGAAUUCCCAUUAAAUGAGAAUUGUUGUGAUUUUUAAGUGUCAAUGAGCUUUUCAUCCUCCAAACUACUAUGACGAAUUGUUGAUAAAUUCGUUGAUCCUAUGUGAAGAUAGAAUUAUAAAAACCAAACUCCAGAUUUAAUUUAAUGACAAAACGAUUGCAAUCAAAGACACUUUCACGCAGAAUUUUCGCCAGUAUCCCAUUAUCUCUAGGAAUGGUCCUCUUCAUUGGAUGAAUUUUCAGAAUCUCAGCGAAAUAAAAUUUCAAGAAAAUCCCAAAGAUUUUAUCGUGAAGACUAUUCCUUUGGGACUGUCGGGGUAAAGUGACAAAUGAAUAAAGAGAUAGUUCACGUCGCCGCAUUUCGUAGGGAAAAUUAAUCAUCCACCACCCAUUUAAAACAGACAUUUCUCGAUAUAAAUACAUUUGUGUCAACAGGACUGUUACGUGAAUUUAUAAUUACCCUAUGAAUUAUCAAUG